AAAAAAAAAAAAAAAAAGAAAAAGCAUUCGAUCGUGUCUCCUUUUCUUUUCUUUUCUUUUCUUUUCUUUUCUUCCUUUCUCCUUUUUCUCUCUUGUACAAAAACAUUCCUCCCCUUUCCCUUCAUAUCACUUUUCACCAAACUUGGCAUCCUAAGCUUCUUUUUCUUUUUCUUCUUAUCAUUCAAACCACAUUUACAUUGGAGGAACAACAUUAGCUUAAAAUAAAAAAUUCAAGCUAAAGAGCAAGACUCUUGUUAUUAUCAUCUUUUAACAACAACAUCAACAACAGCAGCAGCAACAGCACCAUACUAUAUUAUUAUACUCCAUCAUGCGCAAGAAAUAUAAAACGAAAUUUCCCGCCCGCAUCAAGAAGAUCAUGCAAAUGGAUGAAGAUGUUGGCAAGGUCGCGCAGGCAACCCCUAUUCUUAUAUCCAAGGCAUUGGAACUUUUUAUGCAAUCUUUGAUUGAUGAAGCUUGCAUAGAGGCUCGCUCCAAGAAUGCGAAACGACUCACAGCUGCCCAUCUCAAAACUACUAUUUUGGAAAAGGACCAGUUUGAUUUCUUGAGAGAUAUUGUUCAGAAUGUAGCAGAUCCUUCAGGAUCGAAAGGCAGUGGUAAUGACGAUAUGAAUAAUAACGAACCUACAAGUAGCAGUAAUAGUGGUGUUGGCGGUAGCACCAGCAGGAGUCACAGUAGAAGUAAUAGUAUGAAGAUGGAAGAGGACGAUGAUAAAUCUUUUGCGGAUUUCGCAGGUGCCAUGGCCGCAGCGCGGAGUGGGGCUCCAAUCAGAAAGUCUUCAGCAAAGAGUAUUAAACAGGAGGAUGACGAUGAUUAUGACAACGAGUAAAGAAAAAUAAAAUAAAAUAAAAUAAAAUAAAAUAAUAAUAAUAAUAAUAG